AUGGACGAAGAACACCAAGGGCUCGUGAAGAAGCCCGGUGGCCCAGUCGAGAACAACCUGCAGCUGACGGUGGAUGAAGUUGUGGAAGAAUAUGUGGGCCCCUUUGGGUUUUCGCAGCUUAUGCAGGUUUUCUUAGUGUCGCUGGCUCGGAUUUUCGACUCCCAAUGCACGCUCGUCACCAUCUUCACCGAUGCUCAGCCCGAGUCCUGGCAGUGUACUGGGCCGGGCUGUAUCGGUGGUGGAAAAGCUUCGGAAGUUUGCGUGAUGAAGCCCGGGACUUGGGAAUGGAGCGGUGAGAAUACGAGCUCGACGAUUGCUGAGUGGGGAUUGGUUUGCGACCGUAGAUUUCUAGCUGCUCUCCCCACGUCGGUCUACUUUCUCGGUUCGCUUAUAGGUUCUGCACUCUUCGGCCGCCUGGCCGACUCGUUCUUAGGAAGGAAAAGAUCUGUUCUACUUUCGUGCCUUCUAACCUCCGUCACCAUUUUCCUCACCUCACUCUCGCCGAAUAUAUGGGUUUACUCCCUUCUCCGUUUUGCAAACGGGUUUUCACGGGCGGGCAUUGGGAUAAGCUGCCUCGUCCUCUCCACAGAGGCCGUGGGUCGAAGGUGGCGUGGCCAAGUGGGCCAGUACGGUUUCUUCUUCUUUGCAGCGGGCUUCCUCUCGAUUCCCUUAAUAGCUUACCCGACAAAAAACUCUUGGCGAGAUCUGUACAGGAUUAUCUCGCUCCUUCCGCUCGUUUACUCGGUCUUUAUACUAAUGCCCUUUGUGUCGGAAUCUCCAAGGUGGCUUCUCAUUCGGGGCCGAAGUGAAGAUGCCCUCGAAGUUUUGAAAAAAUACGCAAGGAUUAACGGGAAGGAAUUGCCUCCGAAUUUAACUCUUUUAAAACCAUCUACCAACAUGAAAAUGAAUUUCACGAAAGGGGACAAAAACACCGAGUCUCAGUCUCCUAUCGAUAAAUUUUGGAAUACUAAGUGGGCCGUGAGAAGAAUGGGUGUAGUCAUGCUCACGGGCUUCGGGGUCGGUUUCGUUUACUACGGGAUACAACUCAACGUAGAGAACCUCGAUUUCAAUCUCUACCUAACUGUAGCAAUAAAUGCAAUAAUGGAGAUCCCGGCAGUUUUUAUAGGCAGCGUGCUCUUGAGCUUCACAAACCGACGCCUUCUUUUCUCGGUCUCGUCUUUUGUUGCCGGGCUUUCUUGCCUUUUCUGCAUUAUUUUCUCAACAAAUACAGCAAACAAAUCAAAAAAGGGAGGAAGCUUGCCUCAGCUCAUGGUCGAGGCUUUUGGUUUCAUGGCAGCCUCGACAGCUUUCGACGUGCUGUACAUAUACUGUGUGGAGCUUUUCCCGACAAAUGUGAGGAAUUUUGCCGUGUCAAUGUUGAGACAGGCAAUAAUGCUGGGGGCCUCGAUUUCGCCUCUCCUGGUCGUGUAUGGGAGACUGAGUCCUUCUCUAUCGUUCUUCGUGUUUGGAGUUUUAUCUGUCGUGAGUGGAUUCUUGAGCCUGUGGCUGCCCGAGACUAGGAAUUGUCCUCUGUACGAAACUUUGGAGCAACAAGAAGAGGAGGAAAGGUUAGAGGGUUGUGUGUGUUUAGAGUUAGAGAUGGAACCGGGCAAGAAAGUGCAAAUGUAA